UUAGCGGAGCUGCUGCGCUGCACUGUACCAGACUGAGCGAGUGGUUCCGGCUCAAACAGAGUGGGGACAUGGCGUCGCCCAUGGAGCUGAUGUGCUGGGGAGGAGACUGGGGUUUGCCCUCCGUACACACCGACUCUCUCAUCGUAUUGGCAUAUGCCAAAUUUUCACGGGCUCCUCUGAAAGUGCACUUUAUUAAUAAUCCAUGGAAAACACCUACAGGACACAUUCCAGUAUUAACUUCAGACAAUACAAAUGUUGUGCAACCUGAAAACAUUCUGAAUUUCCUGAGAAAGCAGAAAUACAAUGCAGACUAUGAAUUAACAGCUAAAGAGGGAGCUGACACUCUAGCAUUUAUUGCACUGAUAGAAGAGAAGCUACGUCCUGCAUUGCUGCACACUUUCUGGGUUGAUAUUGAGAAUUACUGCAAUCUGACCCGACCAUGGUUUGCUUCAAGAAUCCCCUUCCCAUUGAACUUCUACUUACCAGGGCAGAUGUCAAGAUCUGCAAUGAAUCAGAUUGUUCUGACCAAAGGAGAACCACCUUUCUACAAUCUUAAGGAGGUCGAAGGACAGGUCUACAGAGAUGCCAAGGAGUGUCUGAACCUUCUGUCCUACAGAUUGGGAACAUCAAAUUUUUUCUUUGGGAAAAUACCAACUAGUUUCGAUGCCUUUGCAUUUGGAUUUCUUGCUCCUCUGUGUAAAGCAGAGCUGCCUAAUGCCCACCUCCAGAAGCACUUACAUCAGCUUCAUAAUCUCUGCCAAUUCUGUGAAAACAUCCUGACUCAGUAUUUCAUGCAAAGCUCCACAGAAGAUAUGGUGGAUGCAAAACUACAGAAGCUGACGCAGCUUGUAAACAAGGAAUCCAACCUGAUUGAGAAGAUGGAUGACAAUCUUCGCAACAGCCCCCAACACAAACCUCAAGGUGCAACCUCCUCAAAACUGAUCCCCGCGAGCAGUGAAACCUGCUCGGCACACCAUUGAUUGUCUUGACUGUUUUUAUUGCCUAUAUAUUCGCAGCAAGUCUUUGAAUUAACAGAAUUUAACAUGACCAUGAAUCUAAGAGUAGGGAAAUGAGAGAACUAAGAAGCGCCAUUUUGAGGUGAGGUAUCUGAUGUGCUGCUCUGAACAUGUUUCCAAGAUGGAGAUCUGAAAGCUUCACGUAAAACAGCGAACUCACCAGCUGUUGUUUCCAAUUCAGCAACUAGAGCUCAGGAAACUGUACCCUUUCAGACAUAACAUUUCAGACACACAUUUCUGAAUUUUUUUGAACACACAUUAGAAAGUUUUAAAUGUUUCAAACUCCAACAGAUAAUUGACUGCUGUUGGGGGUUCUAGCUCUACUUAUUAUAGAUGGAGUAAGGUGUGCCAGUUUUUGAAGGUUUGACCAGGUGGCUGCCAAUUCUGGAGGCAAUCGUCAUCUGGAAGCAGCAGCAUUUCCUAGAAUACUGUACUGUUUUAGUCCUGCUGUCUAUGCUAUACAGAAGCUGUCUGUCUUGCAGCGAGUGAAUAAUCACUCUUUAAUAGCUCUCAUUAGUAGUUUGUUUGAACUGAAAAAGUUGUACCUCAAGUAAUGUUUCUAAAGGGCUGCAGUUAUUUGGCCUCAAUCAAUGCAUUAUUAACUCCAUGGUUUUAGUGGAGACACCUUUAGUACAGAAUGCUAAAGUAUUGUAAAUAAUGUUAGGAUAUUAUUUUCCUAAAAUUCCAUAGAACAAGUAAGAAAGUAAGGGCAAUAUCAGAAUGCAUUUAAAACAUUUUUGGCUUUAGAAGCAGCAAAUGCUUUUGGAGAAAAAUGUGCUUUUGAACUUUGUUCUAUUACAUGAAUGUAUGUAAUGGUUACUAACUAACUGAAGUACAUGAGAAAACAAUCAAUUGGAAUCGGUUUAGGUUUGUACCCUAUCAAAUUUAGUUCAGAUGCUGCAGUGAACUGAAGUCAGGAAACUUCGUGCAGCUAAAACUGAAUCGGUUAACUUGGGUUACUGUGUCGAAUUUAAUCUCGAUUUGCGCAAUGGGAAGUAUCUUCUGGGUGGAACCCGAACAAGUAUUUUUAAUGGGCUGUUUAUAACCAAAUCUUUUGAACCCCAAUUGUUCAAGAGAAGUUGUAACGUGGUUUAAAGGUGUGUGUUUAAACUGUAAAUUGGUAGAUGAAUAAGUGAAAUGUCAGUUUAAACAAUAUGCUUCAAUUGCAAUUCUAGUGCGAUAAAACUAACUUUUUGGAAAAGGACAUUAUUGUGCCUUUAAUUAUGUUUUUGUUAAACUCAGAUUCUGCCUUGAUAUAGUAUAGCUCUAUUUUAAAAAGAAUUGUUCCCAUGCUGAAAGAAUGAACUCAUAUUAUUAUGUUAACAAAGGUCUUUGUGUACAUAAAUAUGCUUUCAAUGUUUA